UUUAUUUCAGCCUAUAUAACCUUAUCACGAGAAUUAAUGACUUGUAAGGACAAAUUAAAUGAACUUCUCAUUCUCAAUAAGGAGAAAGUAUGUAGGCGCGGAAAACGAUUGAACUAUUCUUAUGAUGCAGAGGACGAUCUUCAUUACCCGGAAAAUCCUUGCGCAACGUACGAACAAUUCACUGAUCUUGAAAAAAGCUUGGCGGAGCAAAGGAACGCUACGGCUUUCACGAAUUCUGUGAAGAAUAGAGGUGGAAAGAAUACUCCUAUCGCAGUGAGACUAGCAAUACAAAGAAUUAUGACAGACGAAUGGUGCCUUCACUUUAGUUGGCCAGGACAAAGUGAUAGCGGGAAACGUAAUACGACUUUUGAACCAACGACUGUUCGUAAACUGUUCGUGGAAGCGAUUUUAUCAUGCAAACGAGGCAAAGAGGAUGCAACUGAGGAAAUAAUAAUUAUUGCAUUAAAAGAUUGGUUUCGAAGAGCUCGCACGCGAGUCAAUAUUAAUAUACAGAGAGAUGAAAAGAAUGCAGCUCGUACGUAUCAUCUUUAUUUCCUGACUAACAAAGCCAUUGAAAGAAAGCCUUUCUUUCACACAUAUUAUAUUUUUAUUGAACUCAUUAAAAAACGAUAA